AUGGUAGCUUCGGAUCCUCUUCUCGUCUCUAUUUUUCCAAUAACCUUUUGUUCCCUUUUUCCUGUCUCAUUGCGGCCAAACAUGGAAUGGAUGUGCUGCUCCGCGCGAGGGCACCUUCAUCUGCCUGGAUUCCCAUGGCUUGAACCCUCCUCGGCUAUCUUUCCUGUUUGUGUUGCCGUGCCUCAGUGCCUCAGGGUAACCGUAGGUAAGGUAGGUAUUGGAUGGGGAUGGAGGUCCAAAGUAGUCUCCAUUCAUGGAUGUCACCAAGCCCAGCAUCGGCCCCAUCCGGGAGAUGAUGGGACGAGAGACGAGACGUGGAUGCGCACACUGCACUGCACUGCACUGCACUAA